AGAAGAUGCAGAAUUGAUAAUAUUCUGCUGAGGGCGAGGAGUAGUUUCUUGUUUUCUGUCGUCUUGUUUUUACAGCGCUUGUUACAGCCGCUGUCCGAACAAGAUGUUGCCCCCUCGUUCUGCUUGUUUCGUUUCUUCUUUUCUACUUUUGCUGGUGGUAACGCCCUCGUGGUUCCACCUGUGCCUCUAUCAACUGUAAAAAUGUCUGGGUCUGGAAGAUUUUGAGAUUUGUCAUGCUUGUCUGACAUGACUCAAGAAUCUGUAAUGCAUGGGCACGGAGCGGUCCUCUUUUCUGUCAUGCAAACACGCAGUUUGCCAUGCGGAACACGCAACACAUAGGAGCCCAAAAAAUUUGUCAUGCUUGGCUCCGUAUUGCAGUGGAAAUCUCGGGCACUUUUAGCAUCACAAGUUUCCAGACCCAGACAUUUUUACAUUUGAUAGCCUCGCUGUUGAACCAUCAGGGGACGAAGCGUCUGUGGACUAUAGCAAGGCUGCUUAUCAAACGUAAAAAUGUCUGGGUCUGGAAGAUUGCCCGGCUUGUCAUGCACAUUUUGCAUGACUCCUGAUGUCUGUGAUGCAUGCCCCAGCAUCACAGAUUUUGUGAGGGCUUCCUGAUGCCUAUACCGCAUGACAAAUGCUCUUUCCGUGUAGCAAAACUUGGACUCUCUUUGCUGCUCAUGCAAUACAGAUUUUUUUAGAAUCCAAAAUCAGCAUGACAAGUUGGAUUCUUCCAGACCCAGACAUUUUUACAGUUGAUACUGCUGCUGCUGCAAAAACUUCGUUGGAGAAGAAGGACCACGAUACUGACAGUGCGACCAGUGCAACUUCUGUGGGUGAAACCAGCGGCAAGACAAGUUCCGCGAGCGCCAAAAUCGUCGAUGCAGAAGAGGCGAAAAACGCGAUCUCAAAAAUCGAAGAAGGGACCACGAAAAGUGUAGGAGUUGCCCCGAAGGCUACUUCUUCUACAGCAAGUUCAACACCUUCAAAAGCAGACACGACCGAUGCGGGUGCUGCAGAUGUGCUGGGGAAGAAACCUGAAACCUCAGAUGGCGCCACCGUGGACAUCAAAACUGCGGCACAAAAAGCGGAUACUGGUGUGGCUGUGGACAGUUCCGCGGCAAAAACUUCUACCGAGGCGGCGGGUCGUCCGGCUGCACCGGCGUCAGCUGCUCCUGUUGCAAUAAAACCAGACCAGCAAGUGCUUGCAGCAGCAACGGAGGACCCCGCAGCUACAAAACCGGCACCGCUUGAUCAAGCCGACACAACAACUGCUGCGCCAACGGCCAAGGUACUAGUCACGUCGCCAACAGCUGCACCAGAUACAGUCAGUGCCACCGCGGAUCCUGCUGUGGUCCCAACAGCGAAGCUCGAAAGCGUGGCUGGUGCUGUUGCAGUUACAACAAAGACGACCUCCGCUGCAGGUGAAACUACAACAACCGAUGGCACUUCUUCGGCGACACCUGCGCCGGCAUCAACCGCCCCCCCUCCAGCCGAACAAACUACUGCGACCCCCGCUGGAGAGACUACAGCCGCGGGUGCAGCUGCUGCGUCUGCUGCACCAGCAGCACCUGCAGCAACAUCGGCCGGAGCUGUUACAGGGCAAGAAACCGCGGCAACUUCUCCCGCUUCUGCACCAGUUGUGAGCAGCACGACGGCGCCGGCAGCCGCGGUGGGUGAGACGAAGCCAACGACUGUAACGGUUGCCCCUGAGGACGCAACCGGGGCUGCAUCUGGGACCGCCACUCCAGUUGCAGCAGGCACUCUACUUCCUGGUGUCACAGCUGCAACUGCCGCAGUUCCGACGGAGACAGCUGUUGCCAGUGCCGCACCGGCAGCAGUAAUUCCAGCUGCAGCCACGCAACCACCCGCCCCGCCCGUCGCGUCCGCAACGCAAACCCCGCCGACUGAAAUCGCAUUGGCGACCUCCAGAGACGAGGGGAAAAGCACAGCCGGCGGAACGGUGUUGAAGCAAGUUGCGCCCCGGGCUGGUGCAGCUCCGCCGGCACAAACGCCAAUGCCUCCGGCGAAAACAGUGUCGGAAGUAGUGCAAGAAACUCCUUCUAUCCGCAUCCCCUUAGAACACUCCGAUAUUUCCCCACACGGUGCGUGUAAGAAGCUGAUCCAAGACCUGUCUUGCGGCGCGGAAACCGUGGACGCGGGGGGGGCAGCUUCUCCACCGAGCACGACGUUCCGCAGAAAGGCCAUCUGCAUUCGGGAAAAGAUGAUCGAGGUGUCGCUUCACAACAAGAACCCCGUGGAAGAGUUGGAAAUCAGUAAGCAAUGCUUAGCGGAGGUCGAGUCCUUUUUCCUCGAAGCGGGGGAGAAGCCGUUGCAAACCCUUCCCGAGAUCUAUCGUGAGGAAAAAUUCCCCCUCUCCAUACCAAAAAGGGAUACUUCUGAAAAUUUGCGAUGCUGAUUUGUGGCCACAAAUCGUCUCUGUAUUGCAAGAAGGCGAAUCCAGAGGCAUCGCCGUGUUUUGCACGCAAUUUGUAAUGCUGCAUGGCCUACAGAGUAGACAUUUGCCAUGCUACGCGUCUACGUCAAAACCGUUCUGCUUAGGCUUGGCAUGGGCCUGCAGUCCCCUACUGCAAGACAGACCUGCUUUGUGUACGCAGAUCCAGCGUCAGAAACUUCCUUGUGAUAUGGGGAGGGGGGAUGUUUCCUUUUGAUAAAAUCGCCGCUGCCUGUUCCUCCGUUACGUGUGAUUUGCAGGGCCAGGCGGCCAAGGGGGAGGAGCGGUUUUUCUGUCUGAUGCAAAGCUACAAGCACCAAAAAUCUUCGGCUGCUACCACGAUCUCUGCGGGCCAAGUGGUAUCCUCGCACUUGAGCAAGACCUGCCGCGACAAACUGUACGUAUCAAGAAGAAAAAUCCCCCCUCCCGACAUCAAAAGGGUAAGCUGUGAUGCAGAUUUGUGCUCACAAAUCAGCUUUGUCAUGCUAGAAGGGAAAAGAUGUAGACACUGUAGUGCUGGGUGGUGUGGGAAGGCCUUGCAUCUUCAGCAUGACAGGAGGCAGCUGGAAGUGGGAAACAGCAUGAGAAAUUGCCUGCAAGCGAGGCCACAGCUGCGGCUCUUGGCCUUCUAGCAAAACAAGUCGACUUGUGUACUCAAAUUUGCAGCAUCACAAAUUGCGUUUUCGAUAUUGGGAUGGGGGAUAAUUCUUCAUUUUGAUAGUAAGCUUAUCACGUUCUGUCGCACCGCAACAAAGAGAUGUGUACGGAGGUGGUUUCGAAGUGCGACUCUGGCUUACAACAGCACUGCACGGCGCAGAAAAUUUUGAACGGGAAAAAAGAAGUGACGGCGAAUGGGAUGAAGACAGUCAAUUGGGUAUCCUAAAUUGAAAAAUGUCCCCAACCCGGAGUCAAGAUGGAGAAAUCCGCUAGACAAAUCCGCCAGCUUUGGGUGUUGCGCAUGACAAGUUUUGAAACUCGUAGCGUAAAAAGCCUGUUUAGCUCGCUCAGCAGCAUCACAGAUCUAGCCUGUCAUGCUGAUUGGAGUAUUGCAAAUUCCAAAACACGACGAGAAAGCGCUUGUUAUGGGGCUCUGUGCAUGAGAAACAUUUUGAUCAUGCAGGUUUGCAUGGCAACUAUUGGGUGGGGACGCAUUAUUUACACAGCAUAUUGGGUCGCAUGGCCCUUGCAGAAGGAGUGUUUGCGCAACCAGGGCACCAAUCUGGAAAGUAGCUGCCGGGCGGCUCUGUUUCGGGCGGAAAUCGGGGUUGCCAUCAGUCGAUACAACAACGCGAAACUGGGGUCCUCUGGAGGUGGGGGUGGGCGGUUUUAUAGCGCCGGGGAACUACGCCCAGAAGAUGGUACUAGCACGAAUGAAGGCGAGAGUGGCCGUGUCGGAGAUGAAACAGGAACAACAGCAUCGUCUGCAGCGAAGAGUAGUGCGGAGAGCGCAGCUGCUUCGCAGAAACGGCGGUAUAAUGUCGAUAAAAACGUAUUUUGAUGUACUCGUCCCGUGCCGUAAUCGUAAGCUUAUUUUUUCCGCCGGUACGCAGUCAUGUUGGUGUUGUUCCAUGCGCCUUCGGUCAAAAAUACAUACAAACUAGAAAUAAACCAAACGUACAAUUUUUAUCACAGGCUGGAUUCGUCCACCACCACCGCUCCUGGUAUCUCCAACGCCACAUCAAAAGCAACAACGGCUGCUUCCCCAACAACUUCUGCCUCCCCGGAUUCGCUCGACUUUUACCCGCUGCUCAGAACCCGCUGCGAGCAGGAUGUGCAGAAGCACUGCCUUUCGUGGGCGAACAAAUUGAAGUGCUUGGAGGUUUUGGCCAAUAACGACGAGCGGAAACUGAUCCGACCGCAGAUCGUCUACCCAGGAGGCGGGGGCGGCGGGGUGAAUAAAGAUGGAACGACGUCGAAAAUAAACAUGACCACUACGUCCAACGCGCUCGGGUGGCAGGGGUUUGGCACCGCGAUGAAGCCGUCGACCUCGACGAAAACUACAUCAAGUGGCAAUAAUUUGAGGAAAACAAAAACAUCCGCAUUUUCGACCACGGCAGAUGUUGUUGAACACGACCAGAAAAGAACCACUUCUUCCUCGGGAAAGAACCAUCGUGCGCUGGCUGUUGAACAAAAUGAUGAGAAACAAAAAGCAGAAAAUCCUCUCCCAGAACAAAAGCAAAAUAGUACAAAAAAAUUCCUGAACCACACCGGCGCUAUCUCGCCCUUCAAGUUUAUGACGGAUAGUAUCAAAAACAGCACGAGCGCCGCUUUGGCCGCGCUGAGAAAGUCCGGGCUGCAGCAAUCCAAAGCAGUCAGCGCUUUACCCUCUGCGGGGCUACGGCAGGAUUUAGCGUUGACCACGGUUUGUCGUGCGCAGGUCAAGCAGACGAUCAGGCAGAAGUACAGGGAUAUCCGCCUUAGUCCGGAACUAGCGAAGAACUGUGUCGGCGAUAUUGACCUUUUGUGCAAGACUGAGAAGCAGAAGAUGUUGCAAACCGAUUUACCCUCUGGGCAGGUGCUGCAUUGCUUGCGAAGAAGGUACUACGAGAUCCAACAACAGGACUGCGUGGAUUCGUUUCGACUCUUUAUGCAGACGUUUCAGCUGGACUGGGCGGCGGACAGCGUGACGAAGAAGGCCUGCAAUGCGGACCGGCAAUUGUUCUGCCAAAACGUGAAGACGAGCUUGGUGCAUGUGUGUUUACAGGAACACAUCGACGAGUUGGAUGUCGAAUGUCAGAAGCAAGAGUUCAUGGUUUCCAGCUUCGCGCAACUCGAUGUGAACAGAUUCAACCCGUAUUUGAGCCGGAUGUGCCUGCUAGAUUUGGACAAACACUGCCCGCUGGACAGCUUGGGAGGUAGAUACCUAGAAUGGACCGAAUUUUGUAAUGGCGUCCGUCCUCUCAUAUACUUGGAACUUGAUUUUUCGCGGAACAGCACUAGUACAAAGAACAGAAAAAUUGCGCUUCUGUUGCAUCUAUCAGUAUGACAAAGUUUUUAGAAAAUAAAACUGCAGGCAGCGACAUCCGUGCCAUCACUUGUCUGCGGAAAGUCCCGAAGCACCAGCUGCACACUAGCUGCGAGAUCGCGCUGAAGAACAACGCGCUUCGCACGAACCAGGAUUUCCGGUUGAAAUUUGGGGUAACCAAUAACUGUAUCCUGUGCAAAAGUAUCGUACUCGUAUUGCAAUCAUGCAUCACAGAUCUUUCUCUUAAGGUAAAUCCGCAUUACAAAUUUUAUUUCUUAUGAUCAUGCUGAGGAAAUUUGUAAUGCAUUUAUUUAUACGAGUACGAUAUUUUUGCAGUUCAUAAACUGUGAGGAAGAAAUCCAGAAUAAGUGCCAAAAAGAAGCGUCUCUCGCCAAGCCGGAAGGGAAGGUCCUGCAGUGUUUAAUCGAGAAGCUGGACAAGAACGAGCUGACCGUCGCUCAUUCGAUGGGCGAAUUGGUGAACCCGAAUUCCAUCCAGCGCACCAAGCAGUUGUGUAAGCAAGAGGUGGAAGAGUUGGCGAAGCAGUUUGGGCAGAACAUCCAGAGUGCGAAACAGAUCAACCUGGCCUGCGCGGAGGACAUUGAAAAGUUUUGUAAAAAUGUCGAGCCCGGUAUGGCAGUGCACAACUCCCCCUCCCCCUCAUUUGUAUAGCAUGAACGGCAAUACAAGCAUCAGCAAGAGUGCCGGCGUUGCAUGACAAAUUCACACGACUGGAGUGUAGUGCUACUUGGGCUACCAGAACUUGUUACGCAAACAGUGCCAUGAGGCAGCGACAGGAUUCGGGGUUUUGCAUGACAAAUGAGGGGCGGGAGUGGGAGUUGUGUACUUUCAUACCCGGUUUCGGCCAAAUCCAUGACUGCUUGGUCGAUAAUCUGACCCGGGUCAGCAAGGAGUGUGCCGCGAAAGAGAUGGCGCUGCAGAACGUUUUAGCUGGUGGGAAGGCGGGCGGGGCGGGAGGAGCAAAUGCUGCUGCUGUCAUUUUGCCGCCGAGUUUGGAGUAUGCAAUGCAAAAGCAUCGUACUCGUAUAAAUGCAUGACAAAUUUCCUCAGCAUGAGGAAUAAAAUUUGUCAUGCGGAUUUACCUUAAGAGAAAAAUUUGUAAUGCAGGACUGCGAUUACUACGAGUACGAUACUUUUGCACAGGAUAUGGAAAAGUGCUGUGAGAACGACAUCGGCAGGCUAUCAAAAGGAACAAUCCCCCCUCCCCAUAUCAAAACGUUGAAAUUUCUGAUGCUAGAUUUGGAUACACAAAUCAAAUUUGUGUUGCAGUAGAGGACCACUGCACGCAGAUCGCAAGUCUAAAUCGCGAGCUUUUGGUGUAGGUGACUAGCAUGGUAGUCGGCUGCCCUCUAGGCCUUACAGCAUUACAAACCGCCUGGAUAAAAACUUGGCGGGCAGCUGCCUGGACUUGCUUUCUUGCAAGACAGACACGACUUGUGGCCACAGAUCUGCAUCGCAAAGUUUCAGACGGGUGGGGAGGGGGCAUUUUUCCUUGCAAUACAGGCACUGCGGGAAUUUCUCCAACCGGGUGAAUAGCAACGUGGAAAACAAGGGAAAACUUUCCAUCAACGCAGAGGAAAAGUUAACUUGUUUGAUCAGUAAACAGCACGCCAUGAACUUCAAUUACAAGUGCCGGGAAUGCGUGCAGAGGCACGUGAAAAGGCAAAACAAGGACUACAGGUUAAACCCAGGGCUGAAGAAGGAAUGCGCGCCCAUCAUCGACGAACUGUGCAAAAAGGAAAAGGAAGAGCAGAAGAAGCACGCCGGCGGCGGGCUCGUGAUCCAGUUAUGCAUUGCAAAUAUGUCCGGGUCUGGAAAGAAUGGGAUUUGUGAUGCUAACUGUCGACGAUAGAAAAACCUGUAUUGCACGAGCAGCAAAAGCAGGUGCUUGAAUUUUCGCCACCCGGAGAGGGCAUUUCUCAUGCAGAAUAGGCAUUAGCAAUGCUUUGCGCGAACUGUGAUGCCACAGCAUGCAUCACAGGCAUCUUGGGUCAUGUACAAUUGUGCAUGACAAACUCCACUUUAUCAUCUUCCAGACCCAGACACAUUUGCAGUUGAGUCCAGUGUCUGAUUGACAACCGCAACCGGCUCCAAGCCAUAUGACAAGGAAAAAUCACCCCUUCCCAUAUUGAAAACGUGUCCUUCCGAAAAUUUGUGAUGCAGAUUUGUGACCACAAAUCCUGUCUGUCUUGCCAGCAGGCAAAUCCAGAGAGUCCGCGGCGAUAUGCAGGCGGUUUGUAAUGCUGCAAGGCCCACAGGGCAGACGUCUGCCAUGCUAGGCCCCUACACCAAAAGGCCUCCCCCUAUGCUUGCGAUCUGCGUGCAGUGCUUUCCUGCAAGACAGAUGUGAUUUGUGUACACAAAUCCCGCAUCACAGAUUUCCGUUUUGAUAUGGGGAGGGCGGAUUUUUCAUUUUGAUAAGCCAAUCCGGGCUGUUUGAAGGCGGUCCAGCUGAAAAUCCGGCAGCGAGCGGACGACUACCGGGUGGCGCCGUUUUUCCACACGGUAUCAAAUGCAAAGAUGUCUGGGUCUGGAAGAUUGCCAAGCUUGUCAUGCAUAUUUUGAAUGACCCAUGAUGUCUGUGACGCAUGCCCUAGUAUCACAGAUUUUUAGAGGACUUUCUGAUGCCUGUACCGCAUGAGAAAUGCCCUCUCCGCGUAGCACAAACUGGAGUCCUCUUGCUGGUCAUGCAAUACAAAUUUCUUUAGAAUCCAGCGACAGCAUUACAAGUUUAGAAUCUUCCAGACCCAGACCACAUUUUUGCAUUUGAUACACGGCGUGCGAGGACGAUCUAAACCGGUUUUGUUUCGACGUGAAGCCUAUCAAAUGUAAAAAUGUCUGGGUCUGGAAGGGUUGGAACUUGUGAUGCAAACUCUGGAACACACAAAAAUUUGUGUUGCAUGCGCGCCAAAAGCUGUCCAUUUCUUGGCACGCAAGUAGGAAGUUUCUCAUGCGGGACAGGCAUCAUGAGGCGUGCUCAAAACCUGUGAUGCUUUUGCCUGCAUCAGACGCCAUUCGGGUGAUCCGAAAUAUGCAUGACAAAUCUCGCAAUCUUCCAGACCCAGACACUUUUACAUUUGAUAAAGCCCGGGGGCGGGAAGGUGCACAAGUGCUUGAAUGCCCAUUUAUCGGAGCUGUCUCCCGCGUGCAAACACUUGGAUAUGCAUUGCAAGAGCAUCGUACUUCUAGUAUAAAUUGCAUGACAAAUUGGCUUAGCACUACAAAUGAAAUUUGUAAUGCGUAUUGGCCUUAAGAAAAAGAUUUGUAAUGCAUACGCGCAUCAAUUAGUACGAGUGCGAUGCUUUUGCGCUGCAUACUGGAAUUCCGCCAGCAAAUGCAAACCGACCCGAGCAACGACCCGCAGAUCAGACUCUACUGUUAUCAAAAGGAGAAAUCCCCCCUUUCCCAUAUCGAAGCCGAAACUUGUGAUGCUGUAUUUGAGUACACAAAUCGACUUGUAUUGCUAGAAGGCCGAGAGACGCCGUUGCGGCCUUAAUUCCAGGCGAUUUGUCAUGCUGUUUUCCAUUUCCAGUUGCCUCCUGUCAUGCUGAAGAUGCAAGGCUUAUCUACGUUACCCAGCGCUAUGGUCUGCAUCUCUUCUCUUGUAGCAUGACAACAUGACUUGUGGUCACAAAUCGCGCUACACAAAUCUCUGCUCCAUUAUGGGGAGGGGGGAUUUUUCAUUUUGAUAACUGUAUCGGGAUGUUUUCCGAUGCGACCAAGCCCUGCUUCCAGGCGAAAAAGAACAACGCGCUGUUUUCUUGCUUGGACAAGCAUCGUGACAACGCGGAGUUGAUCACGCCGAAUUGCGCAAAAGCGGUGAAAGGGAUCGGAGAGAAAAAAGCGAAGUCGAUCCUGUACAACAAACCCAUCGGGGAGCGGUGCGCGGCGACGUUAGCGCGAUUUAUCGAAAAGGAGAAGUGCGAGCCGGGGACCUUGCCCUUCAACAGCUUGCCUUCGGGGUACAGGCCAGUGCAACGACAAGCUACAAGUGGUGGUCCAACUGCGCCGCUUGUGAAAACGGUUUCCGCAGAUGCAAGUCGCAUGCCGUUGAGGAGAACGAGUGUUGCAGCUUUUUUUCAAGAAAAUGAGCGAAGACUGGACGAGGUGAAAACAGGUCCGGCGUCUCCCCUCCCGAACCCGAAAGCGGUUACGAAAGCUAUCAAGUGUAAAAAUGUCUGGGUCUGGAAGAAUGAAAGUCUGUCAUGCUUGUCUGGCAUGAUUCGAGAAUCUGUGUUGCAUAGGCACGAAAAGGCCCUCUUACCUGUCAUGCAAAAACGCAGUUUGCCAUGCGGAAUACGUAAGACAUGGCAGCCAAAAAAUUUGUGAUGCAUAGCUGCGUAUUGCAGUCCGGCUAUCAUCCACUUUUUGCAUCACAAGUUUCCAGACCCAGACACUUUUGCAGUUGAUAAAAGCCUUUGCGAAACAGUUGGCGAAUACGAUCAACGAGCAGGUUAUCAACUGUAAAAGUGUCUGUGUCUGGAAGAGUCAUGCUGCUUUUGCAUGACACAGAAGGUCUGGCAUGGAAGCUCUAGCAUUACAGGUUUCGAGAACCUUCCGCAAUGCCGAAUCCGCAUGACAAGUCCCCUAUUUUGCUGACAAAAAGUGGGAGCUUUUGCUACGUAUGCAUGAGAGACUUUUCCGUAUUCUGAAAUACGCAUUACAAGUCGCAUUCUUCCAGACCCAGACAUUUUUGCAUUUGAUACAGGUGGCGAAACGGAUGGACCAGAAGAAGCCGGGCUCUGGAUUGAAAUGUCUGGUCGACAACAUGAACUUAAUCGAAGACAGGAGUUGCAAGCUGAUGGUGUUGCGGCAAGCGCAGAUGCACGUGCGGAACCCGUUCUUGUUCCGGCCCGGGUUCCGGGAAGCGUGCGAGCCCAUCGCGGACAAGAGUUGCGCGGGGGCUCCGGGAGGUUUGACGAAGAACGGGUUGGUUGUCCCGCCGUAUAAACCGAUGUUGUUGAGUAUCCUGUGCAAAAGUAUCGUACUCGAAGUAACCGCAGUCAUGCAUUACAAACCUCCUUCUCAACCUAAAUCCGCAUUACAAAUUGCAUUGCAUUUUUCGUGCUGAGAGAAUUCGUCAUGCGAUUUCUACUAGCCUACGAUGCUUUUGCAUUUCAUAUUGAGAGCGCUGCUAGGGCAAGCAGAAGAUGUUGACACGGAGUCUGAAGUAGAUGUUGAGCAGCAGCAGCAACUCGGAUUAGUUCUACUUCCUUGGGCAGAUGAAUAUGAAGAAGCAUUCACUCUGCCUCUCGCAUCCGCAGAAGAACUGAUUUCAGCACAGGCGGAUUUUUCCGCAGGAGCAGAAGAAAUUCUUUUAGAAGAGACUGAAAAGUUCCUCACGACGACGCCAAGAGCCCUCGAGGAGCAGUACCUGGCCGACCACUACAGCGAGGAUUUUCUUCUCCUUGAGCCUUCUGACGAGCAGGACCAGAACUCGUUGCAGAUCCAGGUUGAUGUAGAUUAUGCCGAUGAAAAAGAAAAUUAUUCCCAAAUUGCCCUCGACCCGUACACCCGCCAGCUUGCCACCCAGCGGUGGUACUCCCAGGCCAUCGCGAAGGAGAACGUGAAGUGCCUCCUCGACAUGCUGCCCUCGAAAUCGCCGGACAACAGCAGAAUGACGCCAUCGUGUGCCAAGGAGCUGCAGUCCUUCUCGAUCUUGACCUCCACCGACAUCCGGCUCCAUCCCCAGUUGGAAAGGCGCUGCGGGGUCGAAAUUGCCAAGUUUUGCGGGCAUUUGAAGCCGGGGAACAGUCGGAUUCUGGUGUGCCUGAAGGCGGAAAUGGAGGCGACGGCGCCCCCCGGCGUCGGGUUCAGCAAGAUGUGCCAAGUUUCCGUCUCCCGUGUCGCAUUGUCCAAAUCCGCGAUCGAAACCUACACGAAGUUCCACCUGAAUUCCGGCAUCACCGCGAAGACCUUGCAGUAUCGUAUUUAAAAGCGUCCCCGCCCCAGAGUUGUAAUGCAGAUCUGCAUGCUCAGAAUUUUUCUCAUGCGGAGCCCCAUGAGCAGCAUUUUGCAGUCGUUUUUUGCAACUUGUCAUGCUCCAAUCUGCAUCAUAUACUAGAUCUGUGAUGCUGCAGCUGAGCUAGCUCAAACAGAACUACACUACGAGUCCAGAUUAAUAUUUACAUUGCUCGACUUCCGGGUUCUGGUAACGCAUACCCCUGGCGACAGGUGACCUUGACAGGCGACCUCGACAGGCGACCUCGACAGGUGACCUCGACAGGUGACCUCAACAGGUGACCUCGACAGGUGACCUCGACAGGUGACCUCGACAGGUGACCUCGACAGGGGACCUUGACAGGUGACCGCGACAGGUGACCGCGACAGGUGAACGCCCUGCCUUCCCCCACCAGUGCUUCGCGCACUAAGCCACUAUGCGCGCGCCUGGUGUGAGGCGAGGGGCGGACGCUGUCCGCCCCGAUGCCGAACACCCUUCCCCCACUAGUGCUUCGCGCACUGAGCCACCAUGCGCGCGCCUGGUGUGAGGCGAGGGGCGGACGCUGUCCGCCCCGAUGCCGAACACCCUUCCCCCACUAGCGCCACUAGGGACGGGCACAAGGCCCCAGCGUGGGGACCCUGUCCCCACGCUCGGGUGGGCCUUGUUUGUCAUGCAAAACAACCAAAACUUGUGGACUUGUCUAGCCGAUAGCCGAUCUUAACUAUGGUGUGGGGACGUUUUUACACAGGAUAUGCAGCGUUUGGGGUUUAUCAAACAAGGCCAGUUUUCCUUCCUCACUCUCAGAGGGCCGGUCGCUCUCCUGGCGUUGUUGUCGAUGAUUUUCUCCUUUGGGACGGUGUUGUACUACUUUUAUCGGAGAUAUGGGAGUGUCAGAACCGAAAAUGACAAAGUCGAAAAAUUUGUGAUGCGCCAAAUCGGUGCCAGUUGGGCCCUCAGUUUGUAGUCGGCGCAUGACAAUUUCUUUCUGUCCUGGAAGCGAAUCUGUCACGCGGUUGAGGGCAAAGCAGAUCCCUUCUGUCAUGCUAGUCAGCACCAGCAGGCAGCCCAAGAACUCUUGACCCUCACGAGGUGGACUAAAAUCCGCCUCUCUUCUUGCUGCAUCCUCUGCAAGAAUAGCGUCGCUUUUCGCGUCGCAUUUUAGUACGCAUGACAGAUUAUUUCGACUUCGUCGAGUUCGAUCCUGACGCUUCCAGAAGAGAAGGAAGACAGCGGGAUACACGAGCUACGUGCCUGAUAAUCUGAUAUUAAAUGCAAAUAUGUCGGGGUCUGCAAGAUUGCCAGGUUUGUCAUGCAUAUUUCGCAUCAUGACCCAUGACACCUGUGAGGCAUGCCCCAGCAUCACAGAUUUUUAGAGGGCUUCUUGGUGCUAUUAUGCAUGAGAAAUGCCCUCCCCGCGUGGCACAAACUGGCAUGCUCUUGCUGGUCAUGCAACGCAAACUUUUUUAGAAUCCAAAGACAGCAUUAGAAGUUGCAACCUUCCAGACAUGCAGGGAUAUUUGCAAUGCAUAUCUGAACAUUGGCACCAUGAACGCGGGAGUUGCAGUAUGUUGAGUAAAAACGUCCCCCCCCCCAGAGUUGUCAUGCAAAUCGGCAUGCCAAAAAAGUUCCUCAUGCGGAGCGCCAUGAGAGGCAUUUUCUAGUCGUGCUUUGGAAGUUGCUUGUGAUGCUAUGAUCAGCAUGAUAUGCUAGAUCUGUGAUGCUGCUGAACCACCUAGACAGGAUUACACUACCGGGGCAAACUUGUCAUGCGAAACAACCAAAGCUGGCUGAUUUGUCUAGCAGAUUCCCCAUUUUGACUUUGGUGUGGGGACGUUUUUUUUCAGGAUAUGCAGCCGGGAUGCAAGAGCACGAGGAUGCAGAAGUCGGAUCUGCUUCCAGCAGCAGCUCUGGUGGCUCGGGCGUGACGAGAUCUGGGUUUGAAAAGAACUACCAAGAUGCAGAGGUGGUCAAGAUCCCUCCAACGACGGGGAAUAGCAAAGCAUCUUCUCCGAUGAAGGUGAAGCCAGAGCAUGAGAAGAAGAACGUGAGUGGAAAUAGACCGCCAGCACCAACAUCGAAGCCACCAGGGAAAAUGAACAAGGCGGCGGAGUGAGAUUG